AUGGUCCUCUCCACAGAUCUGACCUCUAAUGUAAUGGAGGGCCCGGCUGGACCACACGCAGCGGAUCGUGAUCAGGAGUGGAAGGACGCCAGUGACAGCGGUGUUUGGAACGGGGGCAGUUGGAGCUUCAAGACGGGAGCGCGCGCCGCCGUGCGCGUUAUUGGAGGAGCGCAUCAAAGAGUGGAGGGCCCGGCUGGACCACACGCAGCGGAUCGUGAUCAGGAGUGGAAGGACGCCAGUGACAGCGGUGUUUGGAACGGGGGCAGUUGGAGCUUCAAGACGGGAGCGCGCGCCGCCGUGCGCGUUAUUGGAGGAGCGCAUCAAAGAGUGGAGGGCCCGGCUGGACCACACGCAGCGGAUCGUGAUCAGGAGUGGAAGGACGCCAGUGACAGCGGUGUUUGGAACGGGGGCAGUUGGAGCUUCAAGACGGGAGCGCGCGCCGCCGUGCGCGUUAUUGGAGGAGCGCAUCAAAGAGUGGAGGGCCCGGCUGGACCACACGCAGCGGAUCGUGAUCAGGAGUGGAAGGACGCCAGUGACAGCGGUGUUUGGAACGGGGGCAGUUGGAGCUUCAAGACGGGAGCGCGCGCCGCCGUGCGCGUUAUUGGAGGAGCGCAUCAAAGAGGUUCGUGGAUGUAG